CGCGAAGAACACCUGCUGCCAGGAAACAGCAUCCGACAGCGAUUGAUCAGAUCAUGACUUUCAAAUAAUAGAUACAGACCGCAAGUCAUCCAGACCAUGGCCCCUCGCCCCUCCAAACGUCAGAAACUAGACGACGGUGCCCACAAGAGCUCGCCUGCUCCCUCGAAGACGCCAGUAACUUAUGGCAGGGCCUCCAAAUCUUCACCGGCAGUCAAUGGCAAUGCAACGAACCCAAGCCCCGACGCGAAGUCUGAAUGGUUCGCAGCCAAAGCACAGGCGGCAAGUGCGAGGAGCCAAUCCCGGUUAAUCGCGCGCGAAAAGAAGAAAGAGGAGAUAGAUGUCUACGAUGAUUUCGAGGGCGCACAUCGAGGAGGACACCCGUAUCUGCAAAGAGGGAGUGCGGAUGUCAAGAAGAGACAGCAGAAGCCUGCAUCGGACCCAUUGAAAAACCAGAAAGGUGUUGCUGAGAGUCCAGUUAAAGCAAGCAAGCCAGCGGAUCUAGGCUUCUUCAAGAAAUUCGGCAAAGGCAAAAAGGACGAUGGGCAUAAGGAGACCGGUGAGAAUGAGGAGACUGCAGGUGCCGGAGAGAGUGCGCGCAAAUCGACUACACGAACAGCGAAUCAAGGCAAGGGAUGGAUCACGGCUACAGGACCGCCGAAGAAGACUUUCGAGGAUGAGAUGCGCGAAAUACAGGAGCGUGCACGGCAGGAAACACGGGAUGGAGACAGCGAGGACGAGCUGGCCAAGCAGAGCGAUACUAAGAGAGCCUCUGCCCGGCGCCCAGCCCAGAAGGCAACUACGGUGUCAUCUACUACUGCCACUGCUUCUGCAAGAACGAAGAAGCAAACCCUCGAUCGAAGGAAGAAAGCAGUGUCGCGAGAGACGUCUUUGGAAAUCCCGGAGAGCGACGAGGCAGAUCGCGUGAUCAUCGACAUGCCAUCGGCGAGCUCAGCAGCAGAGUCUGAAGAUGAGGUCGAGUUCGAAGACAUAGUGCCAAAGGACAAAUCUGUGCCGAAGCUCGCGCUGACGCAGAAGCUGGCAACACCAAAGAAAUCAGCCGCGAAGCCAACUAGGAAUGCAGUCGCGUCAGCCAAGGCAUCUUUUCAUGACGACCAUCUACAGUGCUUGCGAAACAUCGUGCUGGAAAGGGUCACGCGAAAGCGACCGAUCUCACUCCUCAAUCUUGACGAUGAGUACGCGAAAGUUGCAAAUGUUAUCACUCAGACAAUCACCGCAGGCGAAAGCAACAGCAUGCUGCUGAUCGGCGCACGUGGCAGUGGCAAGACGACGAUGAUCGAGCAGAUCAUUCGUGAGCAAAGCAAGACACAUGCUGAUGAUUUCCACGUCGUGAGGCUCAAUGGCUUCAUCCACACUGAUGACAAGAUUGCCUUACGAGACAUCUGGAGGCAGCUUGGGAAAGAGAUGGAGAUAGACGAAAACGAAGCUGUGAGCAAGAACUAUGCCGACACGAUGACAAGAUUGCUUGCACUGCUUUCACACCCCGCGGAAAACGGCAUCGAGACGGAGCAGGUCACAAAAAGUGUUAUAUUUGUUCUCAACGAGUUCGAACUAUUUGCUGGACAUCCACGGCAGACGCUGCUCUACAAUCUGUUCGAUAUUGCCCAGAGUAGGAAAGCGCCGAUUGCUGUGCUGGGUCUUACGACGAGGAUCGAUGUCGUUGAGAGCCUGGAAAAGCGGGUAAAGUCACGUUUCAGUCAUCGAUAUGUUCACUUGAGCCUGUCCAAAAGCUUGGCUGCUUUCGAGCAGAUUUGUCGCAAGGCGAUUGCGAUACAGCCUGACGACUUGACCGAGGAAGAGGCGACGAUUCUCGGGGAAGCGAGCGGACUCAGCGUCACGUUGGUCAAGACUUCCCACAAAGACACUUCGCCCCUCUCGAAUUGGAACACUGUGGUCAAUGACUUGUUUGCUUCCGAGACAUGCAAGAAUUUUCUCGAAAGACUCUUCUAUACGACGAAGUCCUUGUCCGAGUUUCUCACAACACUUACACUGGCCAUCUCAACUCUGCCAACCACUUCUCAGACCACAAACACAGUGCUUGAGCAUCUCUUUACAUCACUCUCGAGCUUCGCAGCGCUCCAAGCCCCAGAUUCUAAGCUCUCCCUACUCCCCUCCCUCGGAACGCUCCAAUUGGCACUCCUCGUUUGUGCUGCUCGACUCACGAACAUUUACAAUACAGAGCUCAUCACGUUCCCACUCGUCUACGAAGAGUAUAAAGUGUUGGCGAGCAAGGCCAAGCUGCAAGCUACUGCUGCGGGAGGGAUCGCGACGGCAAAGAUUUGGGGAAAGAAUGUUGCAAGAGGUGCUUGGGAGGGCUUGAUCGAUGUUGCAUUGGUAAUGCAAGAUGGAAGCAGUAGUGCAGGAAGGGUCGAUGUUGGUCUGGAAGAGUUGAGGGACUGUGGUGUGGACUUGGGAGGUUGGCAGAAAUGGUGCAAGGAAAUAUGAAGGAUAAUAUCUGUUAGCGAAUGGAAUGCUCAUGGUUCGUUCGACGAUACAAUGCGGAC